AACACCUUGUUUUGGAAGUGCUAGUGCACAUGCCCGCGACUCUGUUCACGUUGUCGCUCGGGACACGGCUCCUGGCGCUGAUGAUACCAAUAACUGGUCGCUCCGCCUCCGACUCCCCGGAUGUUCUUGUCACUAUUGCGGCGGCUGCUGUCACGGUUUACGCUGUUUUUACUGUGUCAGGAAUUGAAUUGCUGUUCUCGCGCAAAUGGCUGUGGAUAGUGUUGUGCGGCAUAGGUGCAGUGUGCAUCAUAGUGAUGUUCAUCCCCAUGAACCCGUACCGAGACGAGAACAUCACUCAGAGGCACAGUUGGUUCCACUCUCGGGUGAUAAGCUACGAUGCGAAUUUCGCUGUAGUCAGCAGCACCUCAGGCCUCAUAAUAGCUAAGACAGACGCUAACAACAUACGCGAUGCACUGUCAGCGAUCCGCAACAGCGAGCUGUAUGUAGGAGAUGAUGCAACUAACGACACCAAUCCCAAAUUACAAAUCAGGGAAUCCGAUUUGCGAAUAAUUCAGGAGGAGUGUCAAGGCACGCUGUACUGCGACUUGCCCAUAUUUUCACCGCGAUCAUACACGAACAGUCUGUUCGUGUCCAUGACUCCGCCGGAUGAUUUCGAACCCAAAUUAUCAUUACUGGAUCGUAACUGCGCUGGAGAUAUUUGCAAGCUUACUUUUGAAGUAUCUGGUACCGCACAUAACAUGAUAACGAUUUGGCCGCGACCAAACGUCUCUCUAGUUGCGUGGCCCUACGAGACGCCGAUGGUUUCCACACUCACGGUGCAGGGGAGACCUGUGUACAAUAUUAGACAGAAUACAAACACUUACAGUGAAGUCCUGGCCCCGUACCUGCUGACCUUGGACUUUAGGGUACCAGAGUCUUCACAAUCGGAUAUUAUUUUGGAUUUCGUUCUCAACUCGCACAAAAUUAACCAUCCGGAAGACUUCACGGAUCAUUACAAGCAAUUGCUUGAAGUCAUGCCUGAAUACAUGAAUGUAGCCACUUUCUUGAGUAUCCGGAGUAAUUAUGUAUUUUAAGGAACCAUCAUUAUCAUCAUCAUUACCAGACGGUGGACGUCCACUGCUGGACAUAGGCCUCCCUGUAAAGACUUCAAAACACCACGGUCUCAAGCCGUUGGAUACUGGAUCCAGCGGCAGUCAACCUAAAGUGUUUUUCAGAUAGCAUGGGUACGGUGACAUUCGCCUGUAUGACGUUACUAAUAAGUGAAUCCCAACAAACUUUCAAGAGGGAAACGAACUGUCACCCGCACCAUCCUAUAUGAAACGGACUGUAGUGGGGUGCCGACCAAAACUGCGUUUUCCAAUGCGCGGUCGCCAUUCCAUCGGCUCUUCGAACUAUGAAAGGAGUUUCAUAGUGACUAAAUGCAACUGAUUUAUAUAGGUUACUUAAGUUUCGUAAAUGAAGAUUUAUUUUUAAGUAAGUAAGCAAGCCCUCGUUCGCACAAGAGUUUUUUUAACGGACGUUAAAAAAGCAUUCAAAUAUAGUAUGAAGUUAAAUGAAAAUCUAUUUCCAACACCCAAAAUUGAAACUGCAACACUGCUCGUAAAAGGGUUGUGUUUUAAAAACGUUUAUGUUGUUGUGUGAACAUAUACUUGGGAAUGCAUUUUCUUUUUUUUUAUUCUCUACAAUUGACUACAAUCCCACCUGAUGGUAAGUGAUGAUGCAAUCUAAGAUAGAAGCGGGCUAACUUGUUAAGAGUAGGAUGAAAUCCACACUCCUUUCGGUUUCUACACGAGAUCGUUGCAUCUGUUGUAUUUGAACGCUUUUUUAACGUCCUUUAAAAAAACUCGUGUGAAUGGCUAAGAGUCAUAGCAAAAUUUUUCCGUGUUAUUUUUUCACAAUGGUGACCUCUCCCGGUAAUUUAGAGUUCCGCUACUGGGAAAUGUUAUAGGGAAAUAUAUUUACUAACAUAAUAGGAAGUGAUUAGAAGAAUAUUCUGCUAUAUUAUAAUAGUUAUCAUAUACUUAUAACAAGUAGAUAUAGUCUUAACAAAAUAUUCUUCUACUCUAAUAAAGUUCUAAUAAUUAAUACCUCUAAGUUAUCUAGUCCGCAGUCAAGGAGUCGAGAAUCAUUUAAAGCGUUUUAUGAAAAUAGCCAUGAUUAGCAGCUAGAUAGACGAAUUUAGCUGAAAAUAGUACAAGUCACUAAAUAUAAUGUUUCUGUUUACAUUUCGAUAUUCUAUAAAAAAAUACUAAAGUAGUUUAUUUAUUUAUUUACAGAAUUUCCUAGUUAGUAGUAGUUAGUGAAUUGAUUUUGGAAAUGGUGUCUUCUAUGAGUAGUAUUUAGUAUUAAGAUAUUAAUUAUUAUAGUUGUUGGUACUGUCCUACUUAGCAGUCAUAUUUAUAGAUUGAAGCUCAAAAAAAUUUUGAUAGCAUAGAUAAAUUCAAGUUCGCAGUUUUUUAACGGUCUCUUGCCAUCUCUGUCAUUGUUAUAUUAUAGCAUAUUUUGACACUCAUUUAUUUAUUUCUCCUUUUUUUAAUUUUUAACAAUGUUUUACAUAAAAUAAACAAAACACUAUUAAAAAUUUAUAAAAAAAAAUUAACCCUCCCAACUUAACUGAACUAAAAAUUAACUGUUGAUCCAACAGUUAAGUGAAAGCUUCUUAAGAUGUUGGUCGAAGCUUUUCGCCAUAAGACCAUUGACUGAAACAACCAUCGGAACAAUAAUUGACUCAACAUUCCACAUGGACGAUUCCACAUAAAAAUGUAACAGCUAUAUAUUACAAAAUGUUUGAGCAACAUCAAUUAUUUUUUAUAAAAAUUGUUUAAGAAAAACGUUUGUAGUAGGUACCAGCUGGUUGUAUUAGCUAUUAUUAUGUUAGUGCAAUUAUGUAGCGAAAUCAAUGAAAAGGUUGUAAAUCUAUGUACACGUAUGUUUCUCUGAAGUUCAAUGAUAUAAUUUUAACAUUAGUUCCCUCAUAGUUGCAAUUUAAGUUAAUUUAUUUAAACAAUUUUCUUGCAAAAAGUAACAAUCAAUCAUUCAAUAAAAAUAUUCUAUGGAACCUGAUGUUGAAAGUAGGUACUAUUAAAUAAUGGUAUGUA